AUGUAUUGGGUGAGGAGUGGAAGGCCUCCCACAGGUUCUGACAGCACCACACACUGCUUCUCACAGUACCCCCACAGCCCACCACACCGCUCCUCACAGUCCCCCCACAGCCCACCAUACCGCUUCUCACAGUCCCCCACAGCCCACCACACCACUCCUCAUAGUCCCCCACAGCACACCACACCGCUCCUCACAGUCCCCCACAGCCCACCACACCGCUCCUCACAGUCCCCCCACAGCCCUCACAGUGGUCCCACAGCCCACCACACUGCUCCUCACAGUCCCCCACAGCCCACCACACCACUCCUCUCAGUCCCCCCACAGCCCACCACACCACUCCUCACAGUCCCCCACAGCCCACCACACCACUCCUCACAGUCCCCCACAGCCCACCCACCACUGCUCCUCACAGUCCCCCACAGCCCACCACACUGCUCCUCCAGUCCCCCACAGUCCCCCAGUCCCCCAGCCCACCACACUGCUCCUCACAGUCCCCCACAGCCCACCACACUGCUCCUCACAGUCCCCCACAGCCCACCACACUGCUCCUCACAGUCCCCCACAGCCCACCACACUGCUCCUCACAGUCCCCCACAGCCCACCACACUGCUCCUCACAGUCCCCCACAGCCCACCACACUGCUCCUCACAGUCCCCCACAGCCCACCACACUGCUCCUCACAGUCCCCCACAGCCCACCACACCGCUCCUCACAGUCCCCCACAGCCCACCACACCCCUCCUCACAGUCGUCCCACAGGCCACCACACCGCUCCUCACAGUCCCCCCCAGCCCACCACACCGCUCCUCACAGUCCCCUCACAGCCCUCACAGUCGUCCCACAGCCCACCACACCGCUCAUCACAGCCCCCACAGCCCACCACACCGCUCCUCACAGCCCCCACAGCCUACCACACCACUCCUCACAGUCCCCCACAGCCCUCACAGUGGUCCCACAGCCCACCACACCGCUCCUCAUAGUCCCCCACAGCCCACCACACCACUCCUCACAGUCCCCCACAGCCCACCACACUGCUCCUCACAGUCCCCCACAGCCCACCACACUGCUCCUCACAGUCCCCCACAGCCCACCACACUGCUCCUCACAGUCCCCCACAGCCCACCACACCACUCCUCACAGUCCCCCACAGCCCACCACACCACUCCUCACAGUCCCCCACAGCCCACCACACCGCUCUUCCCAGUCCCCCACAGCCCUCACAGUGGUCCCACAGCCCACCACACCGCUCCUCACAGUCCCCCACAGCCCACCACACUGCUCCUCACAGUCCCCCACAGCCCACCACACUGCUCCUCACAGUCCCCCACAGCCCACCACACCACUCCUCACAGUCCCCCCACAGCCCACCACACCGCUCUUCCCAGUCCCCCACAGCCCUCACAGUGGUCCCACAGCCCACCACACCGCUCCUCACAGUCCCCCACAGCCCACCACACUGCUCCUCACAGUCCCCCCACAGUCCACCACACCGCUCCUCACAGUCCCCUUCAUCCCACAGCCCACCACACCGCUCCUCACAGUCGUCCCACAGCCCACCACACCGCUCCUCACAGUCGUCCCACAACCGACCACACCGCUCCUGACAGUCAUCCCACAGCCCACCACACCGCUCCUCACAGUCGUCCCACAGCCCACCACACCGCUCCUCACAGUCGUCCCACAGCCCACCACACCGCUCCUCACAGUCCCCCACAGCCCACCACACCGCUCCUCACAGUCCCCCACAGCCCACCACACCCCUCCUCACAGUCGUCCCACAGGCCACCACACCACUCCUCACAGUCCCCCACAGCCCACCACACCGCUCCUCACAGUCCCCCACAGCCCACCACACCGCUCUUCCCAGUCCCCCACAGCCCACCACACCGCUCCUCACAGUCGUCCCACAGCCCACCACACCGCUCCUCACAGUCCCCACAGCCCCCUAUAA